CUGUAACUGCAGCGGGAACGAUAUGUGGUAUCUAAGCAACGACGCACGCAAUGCAACGCAAAUAAGUCAGUAGUAGAAAGAGAGCAGUUGAGGAAUGUUUUAACCAACCUGGGGCUUAACAAAUUAAAUAAAGUGGGAACUAUAAUUCGUUUUUGGGUCAACUCUAGCAGGUGUCCGUGCUGUACAAAAGUUUAGUUAAGCCAGCAGUCUGUUUCCGCAGGGGAAGUUAAAAUGUAUGGACGCGCUCCAAGAGUGACCUUCAUGACAACCAGCUGCACUGCAUCGACAGUUGGCCCCGGCUCCUACGAUGUCACCUUGCGCAGUUCUAAAAUAGCAGAUGGCUAUGCUCCAUUCCUGACCUUGACCAAAAGACAGUCAAUAUUCAACCAGUCCAGUGAGAGGAUACCAGGACCUGGACAGUAUGACUUCUCACCUGUCAAGCUAAACAUCCAUGGUGGGCGCAGUCUUCAGAACCGCUCCAAGCGUUUUGAGGAGGUAGUGUCGAAGGUUCCGGGCCCCGGGGCCUACAAUGUGCUGCCUGCCUCUGGAAACACACUCAGGGCCGUGACGGCUAAAGAAGGACAGGCUGAGAAGCUUGGCAGGAAAGUGAGGCUGCAGGCUAAAAGUCUCCAGCUUGUUCGUCAGUCAGAUAUCCCAUCCAUUCCUUCCCCGGGCCAGGCCCAUGGUUACGAGGAGGACGCCGUGGGUGUGCUCCUCAAGCAGCCACCCGUUCCCACGGACACAACCCUGGGUCCAGCCUUCUACAAUCCACUGCUGUCCGAGAAAAGUUCUGCACAGAAGUAUAAAGGAGUCCACUUUGGCAAGAUGACAGGGAAAAGAGGUCAGGUGACGGUGGAGGAGGGACCGGGUCCAGGACAAUAUUACCCUGAGAUAAACCUAGAAAUGCACUAUGAGAAUGUGAACCUUCAAAAGGAGCAGAAAGGCAGAGCUGAGCUUAUCAUCCCUCGCUACCACGAGCUGGUACCCAAGCAAGAGGAAAAGAAGGGAGUUCCUGGACCAGGCCACUACCACAUCAGAAGUCAAUUCGAGAAGCCUGUGAAGUCCAGUGGUAACUUGCCGAAGGUCACCUGUCCCUUCCUCUCUCAGGCUGAGAGGUUUAGCCCUGCGAAAGAAGUGUCGCCCCCUGUUGGUGUAUAUAAUGACCCACGGUGUGCCCUGGAGCUGCUGAAGAGGACCACGGGAAUGAAGAAAAGCCCAUUUGGCAUCACUGCAGUGCGCUUCACUCGUAACCACAAAAAAUGCUCCACACCAGGUCCAGGGUCAUAUAAUGUGUUUGAGCAUGGUUUAGCCCGGGAGAGUUUUAAAAAGGCAGUUUUAGAGAGAACCAGGAAGGGAGGCUUUGGCUCCACUGCUCAACGCAACUCCUUAUUCCACAACAAGGAAUUGAUAGAGGCCCCAAGUCCAGGGCAGUAUGAGACAGAAAAGAAGACAGAGGAGGAGUACAAAAAGCAGCACACAGCGGUUUUCAAAUCAGCCACAGAACGCCUGGCACUGCUAGCUAAAGAUUCCCCUCCACCCAACAGUUACAAUGUGAGUCAGCCAUUUGAGAAGGCUAAUGGCCGCUCUUACUUAGAACCCCGAAAUGAAGGAGCUAAGAGACGACAGAGCUGCUUCCUCUCUGCUGCACCACGGGAUAAUUUCUUCCUGCAAUGUGACCCCACUGUACCAGGGCCUGGCCAGUAUAACCCCAGUGUGAAAUCUGUACCCCAAAUGGCUCUGAUCUCCUCCAGAGAAGAUCGAUUUAAAGUCUCCGUGGACACCAACCCUGGACCAGGCGCUUAUCAGUUGAGUCCAGGCGUCAUGAACACAGUACUGAAGGGCACCUUCAAUGUGACGCUCAACAACCCUCUGGGUCCCUGCUGUUCCCCUCGUGUGGCCCCUGGCCUUUUAACCGCCUACAAGACCAUUAACACUGUCGCGCCCAACACCUUCAUCUCCACCAGCACUUCUUAGAGCUCUUUGUGGGUCAAAGUUUAGAGGUGUAAGGCAGCAGUUUGGAGGAAGAUGACUGCUUUUUAUUCAGUGUCGCAAAGUAAAAUACCUACAAUCACAUCUACAGCUGAUGGUUCCCUCAUUCUUUACUCGCAGUAAUGACACGCUUGACACACUGAUUCAGCUGUUUUUGUGGGUCAGUUCCUUCUGCAUAAACCACUUUGUUAAUCAAUAACAAUUAAAAAGCUAUUACUAUGAA